AUGCUAUAGAAACAUGUACGCGCGUAAUGACGACAAAACCAUCGUAUCCAAGCGUUGUGCGUAAGGUCCCAUUGAGGAGAAGAGCAGAAGAUGGCGAGUUCAAACAAUCCACGUAAAUUUAGCGAGAAAAUCGCUUUACAUAAUCAGAAACAGGCCGAAGAGACUGCGGCUUUCGAAGAGGUGAUGAAAGACCUAAACAUUACUAGAGCUGCACGGUUGCAGUUACAGAAGACCCAGUAUUUGCAACUAGGGCAGAAUCGUGGACAGUACUAUGGAGGCUCACUGCCCAAUGUCAAUCAGAUUGGAAAUAGCAACAUUGACCUGCCUUUUCAGAAUUCCACCGUGGACAGCAGUCGGUCGACCAGGCACCACGGACUGGUAGACCGCGUUUACCGCGAUCGGAACCGAAUCACCUCCCCGAACCGCCGGCCCCUCUCUGUGGACAAACAUGGCCGCCAGAUUGACAGCUGCCCCUAUGGCUCAGUGUACCUCUCACCCCCACCGGACACCAGUUGGAGGAGGACGAACUCCGACUCAGCCCUACACCAGAGUGCCAUGAACCCUGUGCCCCAGGACUCAUUUACAGGGGGUUCACAAGAGCUCCAGCCUAAACAAGUGCUGCUGCUUACAGUUCCUGGGACUGAGGAGUCUGAAUCACAUGCAGACAAGGAUACACAGUGGGGUAACAAAAAGAAUGACUCAAGACCCAAGUCUUGUGAAGUCCCCGGGAUCAAUAUAUUUCCAUCUCCUGAUCAGGAAGUGAACACGUCAUUGAUCCCGGCCACGCUCAACACAGGAGGCUCCCUGCCCGAUCUGACCAACAUCCAGUUCCCCCCACCACUGCCCACUCCGCUGGACCUGGGCGAAACUUUGGUGUUUCCUUCCCUUAGCACCUCCAACAGCACGGGCAACCUGACAACCAACCUCACCCUCCUAGGCAUCAGUGCUGCCAGCCACGGGAUCCCAACCACCGCUCAGCCUACCGUGACGGCCCAGCGCAGACAGUCCACCCUGGUCCCCCUAACCCUAAACGCCAACCCACAGCAGUCACCGCAGCAGCUCUCCCCCACCCUAUCGACCCCUCUCAACAUCCAGGCAAUGGCGAUGGACGCCUUGACUCUGGAGCAGCAGCUAUCCCAGUACGCCUUCUUUAGCCAGCUGACAGCGCAGUCCCAGGCCCAAGUGCUCAAUGACCUGCAGCAGCAAGCCCUGCCCCAGGGCAUCAGGCUAAUUACCUUGGCCACCACCACUGCCUCCACAGCCACCCAGUCCUCCCCAGUCAGCCAGAUCGCGACGACUGUCAACAUCAACUCGUACCGCAAUCAGACUGGCUCUCCGGCCAAUCAGUCUCCAACCUCCCCAGUCUCCAAUCAAGGCUUCUCCCCUGGCGGCUCGCCUCAACACAUUCCAGUGGUGGGCAGUAUAUUUGGGGAUUCUUUCUACGACCAGCAGCUAGCAUCAAGGCAGACCAACGCUCUCUCCCAUCAGCUCGAACAGUUCAAUAUGAUUGAGAACCCGAUCAGCUCCAAUAGCCUGUACAGCCAGUGCUCCACCCUCAACUACACACAAGCAGCUAUGAUGGGCCUCACAGGGAGCAGUCUACACCAGUCCCAGCUGUUGGGCUACGGUAGCCAUGGCAACAUCCCAAACAUCAUCCUCACAGUGACAGGCGAGUCUCCACCCAGCCUCUCUAAGGAUUUAACCAACUCACUGGCCGGCGUGGGAGAUGUCAGCUUCGACGCGGACUCUCCGUUCCCAUUGGACGAGCUGAAGAUCGACCCCCUCACCUUGGAUGGACUGCACAUGCUCAAUGACCCCGACAUGGUUCUGGCCGACACUGCCACUGAGGACACGUUCAGGAUGGAUAGGCUGUAAUACAGAAUGCUGUCAGUGGCCAACGACAAAAAAGAACCCUAGGAAGAAAGGGAAACCAGGCAUGGCCAUUCAGCUAUUCAACAUCGCACUCACCCUCAAGUCCUUUGAAAUGAUGAGCCACCAAAACCCAUUGUGGAGAAGGACAUGCAAUGGCUUGUUAAGGUCAGGAAUGGAAUUGUUAUUUCCAAUGAGAUUGUUGGUUGGUCAGUGCUUUGCUAGCUUGCUGCGUUAACUAUCUCUAAUUUCUUACCAUAUAUCCCACAGUGUCACACUUGAUAAAAGAUUGUAUAUCUCCUUUUUAUUUUGUUUUUAUUUUUCUACAAAUCUACAUGCAUUUAAAAAGUGAAAAGCCACUAGGAAGGUGAGCUGCACCAUACCUAUUAUCAUUCCUUACCAACCAUAUAAGCUUUAUACUUCACACUCAAAGCUUUAUUUUUAUUGACAACCAAAUGUUAAUGUUUGCGUUAUGCAUAUGAUGGAUUUUUAUUUAUUCAAAUAUUUAUUACUUCAGUUGAAUGUUUUUUGUUGCAUUUCAAAAUGUGUUUGAGUUUGAAGCCAAUGUCUCUGCUCUAACUGUAUUGUGCAAACUACACUGAUUAUGGAUCUAUUAAUUUAAGUUAAAUAUUUAUGUAUUAAGCUGCUCUGUUAAACUUAAGGAGUACAAAUCCUCCCCAUGUUUGCUCUUACGGUUGCCAGUUGCAACGACAUCUCACUAGAUAUAAUCAUAAGGCCUCUUAAAAUAUAGGAUAGGAUCUGCAAUUGUGUUUUCAUCACUUACAUGGGCCCGCAAUUGUUGGGUUUCAUCUUGUGCCAAUACUGUUUUUAAAUGUAUCUUAACUAAUGAAAAACAUAUUCAACAGAUGCUUAUAAGCUUAAGCAAAUGUGACAAUGUAAACAUGGAAAAUGCAAAUACCCAAACUAGAUUGGCCAUAAUUCUCCUUUGCAUGUAUAUCCAGAUUGAAUGCCUCCUGAAAAUCUGAAGGAUACAAACUCCUCAGAAACCUGUUGAACUUGUCACUGUGAGAUCACCUGAUUUUGCCUUACAUAUUGAGUAUUGUACUGUUUUUAAGUGUAACUAAUGUGACAGUGUAUUUUCUUAACUUCUAACAUUUUCUUGUAUUUGAGAGGAAUUUUAAAUCCUAGUCAAGUGACAAUAUUUGUGGUUAUGUAGUGUAAAGUUUGACAAAUCACUGUACUGUAUUUUGUACUGGUAAACUUUCUAAAUGAGUUAUGGGUGUUUUGUAAAAAAAGGAAAUGUUGAUUUCAAAUUUGUGAUGGAGAGUGCAAAUAUGGGGAGGCUUUCUUAUCCUUAAAGGGAAACUUACAAAUGCAAAUAAAAUUAUUUUGGUAGACAAUUGUUAUGAUAAAAAACAAUGUUACUUAGAAUUCAUAUUUGGUUCUUCCCUCCAGAUUAAGGGCUGGUAGAAAACUAUUUGAACCAUUCCAUUUUAUGCUCAUAGCUAAAUGAGUCCCAAAACACAUGUAGAACUUUGCAAAAGAGGUUCAAAUGGGCAGAGCUUUCGUCUAUACGCUAACUUGUAGAGCUGAAAUAGUUUAACUUUUUAUUUUACUCUAUCUUCCCCUCGGUUUCAUAUUCUGACAUUUCCGUUUUGAAAACGAAUAUAGUGAGAUGUAAGUGAAGAGCAACUUGGCUAAAUUGGAUGUUUCCUUAUAUGGGCUGAGAAUGUGUCAACCAUUUAGUGUCAAGUGUCAACCAUUUAUAAAGAACACAAUAUUACAUUUUUGUUUCUCUUAACAUUUGACAUUUUUAUACUGUAGCUAUGUUUGAUCAUGUUUCUACUGUAGUGUGUGUGUGUACAGAAUGUUAAUGUUACUUUUUAACUAAAUCGCAAUGUGGGAAGAGGCAUAGUUCCCCAACUAUGAGUUAAUGAUAAGUACAAAUAUAUAUUUGAGAAAGAAUAUUUGAUUCUUACGCAAAUCGGAAAUGAGAAAUCAUACCAUUGCAUCACAAAAAUAUGUAGAAAUACACCGUUAUACAAAAAACUGUUUGAGCCAAACUGCAAUACUCCAGUGUGCUACUUUCUUACAGUGCCAUCCAGAUUAAUUCGCUGCAAGUUAUUUUUGUUUGUCUGAACAUUUUCCAAAAUGUGCAUUCUGAUAUCCUGUACAAAAUGACCGCAUGACAAAAAUGGAAGUGACCCUCAGAAAAAGGCCUUCAAAUCAAGUGUUUGGUCACACAUAUUUAGCAGAUGUUAUUGCGGGUGUAGCGAAAUGCUCGUUUUCUAUAAAGUUUUGAUUUAAAAUGUGCUCUACAAUGUAGUAAAAACAGAAAACACCACAUCAAAAAUUAUGCAUGUGUCAGUUCUUAAUGAUUCAUGUAAAUGGUUACUUUUCAGAUGACUGUGUUGCUUCCAUUUAUGCAUAAUGCUAGCGCAUUGCUGAAAUAAGAAUGUAUUUGUUUAAGGUCUUGGAAUUUCUGUUUCAACAAAUGACAUAAGCCAAAAGCAUUUUUCUUGAAUAUCUCUUACUACUAUCCAUUUGUUGUUCAAUUGAAUUGGCUGUUAAUUGCUUUUGAACCUAGUUCUUCACUGUAGCACUUCACUGUGGGUUUUAAAUAGUUGUUCCUGUAAGGCGAACCUAUUAUGAAUCCCAUCUUCAUAACAGACGUUUUUUAAAGUGGUAUUUCACUCCAAAGAUUGAAGAUUUCAGCUCAAAGUUGUCUAAUGUUGAGAUGAAACCGUUUCAAAAAGAGGGUUGAUGAGUUAAGAAGCCAACUUCUUUCAAAUUCUUAAUCAACUUUGAAUUUCCUGAUGCAGAAAAAGUUUUCUAGCCUAAUCAGAAACCGGCUUAAUUGCAGGAUAACUCAUAUCUUGACCUUGGAAAUUCACAUUGCGUUCUCCUCAAAUAAUCAAAUCAAAAUGAUGGAUGUGGAUAAAAGCCAAAUAGUUGAUGUGAUUUAUAGCAUGCAUGUUGUAAUUAGUUUGAUGCAACUUUUUGUCUUCAAAUGACCACCCAAAUUACUGAGCUACAAGUGUGAACUGAAAGGGGAAAAUGAUGGAAUCAGAUGUUGUGCAUCUUUUCCAUUCCUUUAAGACUGAGGCACACACUGAAUAGCUGGAGCUACAGAACAUUAGGCUUGGGCCAUGGACUCCCCUUGACAUUAGACCACAAUAUAACAUCUUCUGACAAAUUUAGAUUUUGGAGUGAACUGUCACUUUACUGGCCUGGCGAGUGAAAACAAAAACAGUUUCAAUAGCUACUUAAAUAUGCCGCUUACAGUAGCGGUCAAACUUGUCACUGUUUACGAUCUUUAAAAAAUAAGUUGAAAUUGGAAAAACUGUUGGUUUAAGUGUAUUUGUUUGAUUUACAUUAUUCUGCACAUGACCAAGAGAGAAAAUGAAAUUGAGAUUUUUUAACUUAAGUAAAAAAAUUGGUGGACUGAAUUAUUCAAAAUUCAAAUGAAUUUGGUUGGAGGCAAGUGAUUUCUCUUUUACUGUGUAAUUUUUCACCUGUGGUAAGUUGCAGGUGCCUACAGGGUAAAAAAUAGCCAUUCAAACCAUUUUGAAAAGAGAACAUUCUGCUCCAUUGCACUCAAUUGUAAAGUGCCUAUAUAUUUGACUGUACUCUAUUUGCAGUAAAACUUGACUGUCAAGAGAGCUUACUGUCAGUUGCAUGACAUGACGGAUGUUAUAAGUAGUCCCUAUUGCUGAUACGGGUUUAUUGAAAAUGAUUCAGCACUAUCAUGUUGACUUCAGCAGUAUGCGUAUGAACUAUGGCUAGCUAGCUAACAUAAAUUGAGGCAUGUUUUGAAAUCAAUUCUAAACACAUAUCAGUUACUGUGACUGCAUACAGUAAGACAUACUCUAUGUAAGGUUUAACAAACAUGUUUGUAUUGUAUCUGUUGCUUUCUCACUUUAGUUAUGGUCACCUGCCUUGUGAACAGUGGCUGUUCUGUCAAUGCUGACUGUUUUACCCCAAAUUUGAAGAAAGCGUAUAUUCUUUUCUUUUUGUAAAGCCGGUCAUUUUAAAUGUGACUUGGAAGCAAAUUCCUUAUUUUGGGAUGCAAAACCAGAAAGGGCUUAUUCCAAUGCAGCUUGUUUUCCCAUCAUGUAAAAAAAAAAAGAAAUAGCACUCAAUGUAUUGUCGAUCAAUAUACCAUACUGCUCUGCAUAUGCAUGGGAAGUGGAAAUCUAAUAAUGUGAUGUGGACUCCUAUGUUGACAGUAGUUAUUGAAAUCAACUGACUGAAGUGAGAAUGUUAUCUUGAUUCUCACUAAGUAUAUUGUCACUGCCUGAGGACCUGUCACCACAAAUUCCCUCAACUAAGGUAAACAUUGAGCAAUUGCAAAGGAACUUAAUCUCAAGUGAAUGAAGAAUUCUGUUUUGUUACCCAUACUUUAAAUGCAUUAGUAUGAAUCCAUAUAAUUUCCUCUAGGACAGUUGAUGUUGGAAAACCUAAAAUGACACUUUUGGAAAGCAUUUCCAGUUAGUAAUGUAAAGAAAAUCUCUUCUUGGUCAGCUUUAAAUGGGUAUCACAUAUUUAACCAUUGUCCUGUAAAUCAUAUUCUGAGAUGUAUUUCUUUGUUGCUAUGUGAAACUACGUAUGUGGCCCAUUUGUAAGAUGAAACUUGAAUGUGGGUGGAAUCUUUUUUCUGUACAUAGUCUCAAUAUCAAAUAAAACUCAUUUUCACCAAGGUU